UUGAAAAUUCUUGCAUCCCUUUCCAGCCAAAUUACCCAACAAAAAGCGUGCAAGACCACUUUGAGGCACCAUUGGGAAGGAUGAUUCGGAUGCCCACAGUACCAAAGCUUGAUUCUGCUGGAGAUGUCAUCAGAUGCGCUUCCAGCACCGUCCAUCUUGACAAACUGAUUUAGAAUGCUCCAAACCGUCCUAGAGAAAUUACAAAGGAUGAAGUUGUGGUUGAUCGACUCUUCUUCUUUUUUGCACAAAACAUACCUGCUUGGGAGGCUCACACCCUUCCUCUUCAACUUGUCCAGGAUAAGAAUCCUCUUAUGAAAGACUGUCCACAGAAAAAUACAGACUUUGCUGGGGAUGAGAUGCUGCCAAAUCACCUUCGCUGGGAAGUUGUCGAUGCCUGAAAAGCUGGCGGUUGCCAAUUGAACGUAGGUCGAGUGGACACUGAAGCCUGCCGUCAGGGCGCUGGGAGCCACACCGGUCUUUCUGGAACUGUAAGGAAAUCUGACGAAGGAAGGUUAUUAAGUAACUCAAGAAGUCUCACUCUUUCUCUCUCAGCCCCAUCCCGAAGAAAGAAUUUGAGAGGAAUUUCCCAUUGAAUCAAAUCACUCAACAAAAUCAAGUAAUCGGAAACUUUGGAGCUCGGUGAUUCGGCGGCGGCCAAAACUCUUGGGAAUCCAUCCGUGAGGCCCAUCCCGUUGAUCCAAAGUCAUACCAGAAGGAGGUCCAAUGAACCAACCCUUGCUCAAUGGUUGUCAUUUUCCAAAACGAGUCCUUAAGCUUCAUGAUCUGUUGCCACAAGCUGAAACUCUGCCUUCCACGCGAUUCCCCUGAAAACCACUCCGAAAGGGGGUUGUGGUACUUGAUGUUUAUGAUUUCCCUCCACCACAUAUCUCUUUCAAAUAUAAACCUUCUUUGCCAUUUAAACAGAGGAGCUUGGUUGUGAAGGUCCAAGUCAUGGAUUCCAAGCACACCCCUGUCCUUUGAAGUCUUGCAAAGAUCCCAUGAGACCAAAUGAAAUUUGUCUUUAUCUUGCGAUCCUGACCAAAGAAACUCCCUCUGCAAUUUCUCGAGUCUCUUUAGCACACUCUUGGGAGCUCGGAGCUAAGAGCACAGGCAGGUGCAUUGGCUUGCUAACACCGCAUUAAUAAGGACAACCCUGCCCCCAAUUGACAGUAACCUUCCUUUCCAACUUUCCAGUUUCGUUGAGUUUUGGUGAUGAUCUUGUUCCAAUGGCUUGAAGAAGCAGAGCGAACGCCCAGAGGCAUUCCCAAAUAGAUCGAGGGAAGGAAACUCCAAUCACAUCCAAAAACUUCAGCAAGUCUAUCCAUGUUACUAACCUCUCCGACUGGGAACAUUUUGGAUUUAUCAAGAUUGAAUCUUAGUCCAGUGAUGCCUUGAAAGCAGACUAGGGCAGCCAAAACACUUCGGACUUGAAUUUCAUUUGCAUCACAAAAAAUGAUUGCAUCGUCGGCAUAUAAUAAAUGGGUGACUUCACCCGACCUUCCCGUCUCGUCUGCAAAAAACCCAGUAAUGUAUCCAGCCCUUUUAAUCUCACAAAGGAUGAAAGAAAGAACAUCCAUCCCAGCAUUGAACAAGAAUGGCGACAAUGGGUCUCCUUGCUUGAGACCUUUGUUCAUACCAAAGAAGCCAGUAGCAUCACCGUUGACCAAGACAGAGAGCUUUGUGGAGGAAACAAGUCCUUUGAUCCACUUGAGGAAUCGAAUGAAGCCCUACACACUUCAAGGCCCUGAGGAUGCUGUCCCAGGAGAUGGAAUCAAAGGUCUUCUCAAUAUCGAGCUUAAUGACAAUGCCCGACACUCCACUACGACGUCGACUAUCAAUAACUUCAUUAGCGAUAAGGCAUGAUUCCCGGAUAAUUCUGCCUCUCUUUCCAACAAACUGAAAAUAUGAAAUAAUGGAUGAUAUGAAGGGCUGAAUUAUAUUGAAAAUAAUCUUGGAGAUGACCU